UCAACAUCAUGACGGUGUCUCGUCAAACAUGAAAUUUGAAGGGUUUUCUUUUUUUGGAAUGUGCUUAAUCAUUACAUACAAGUGGACGUUGACACCAGUGGUUUAUACUUCUGGCGGCAGUUUCUGGUCAUGUACUUGUGGACAGAGACCACCCAGAGGUUUGCCCGGACCAGCUCCUUAUGUCUGAAGACUUGAGCAGCGAUGAAGAAUGGUGUGUAUCCACAAAAAGGCAGUUGGAUGAUGCACACGCAGAGACCAAAUGUUGGGAAUGUGGCAAAAAAUUCCGCAAAAUAAAAAGCUUGAUGUUGCACUACAAAAGCCACAAUAUCAAAGCCACCUGCCACAUCUGCAAGGUUACUUUCCGACGCCAGACGUCCCUCUCCAUGCACCUGGAUAAUGUACACUUGCCACCGCUCUGCAAACAGUGCAAUCAGUAUUUCAGUAACUCGUGGGAGUUGAACAAGCAUGCAGAGACGCAGUGCAUCGGCUCGCCAUUUCCAAUAGCUCCCGCUCUGAUUUUUCCGCCCAUAAAUCAGAGUCAGAACAGUGACGACCUUCCCAUUGACGGGACUGUGCUGCAAAACACUUUAAAGUCAGUGCCUCGUGACUCAGAGUCCGAGUUGAGGCUUCAACAAAGACUUAAGAUGAAGCCUGAGAGAGCUGAGACAUCUGAAAACAGUGUUGAGUAUGUAGUGGAUGAAGGCGAUAAAGAUAUUGACAUGGAAAGUGAAUGUAAGAAAGCAGAUGACUCAUCGAGCACUGAAUCUGGUGACGAAGAUAACACUCGCUCUAAAUCUGCAGACUUGUGUCCAGAUGAUCCAGAAUCAGACGGUGGCUCGAGUUCAUCCGAUUCUUCCAGUGACUCCUCUCAGAGUUCACACUCUAAAACCCCGCCUGGAGACCUUCCUGCUGUUAAUAGUUUAAUAUGUGCUGCGUGUGGUCGAGGGCCAUUUCGCUCAAUGAAGCUACAUUUGCUGCACUGUAGUGGUAUAAAGGUGAAAUAUCAGUGUUCAGUGUGCAAGAAGCUCUUUCUCACUGAGGCGGCUGUUAAGGAACACUACAUGCCUUUGUAUUCCUGUGUAGUCUGUAGCCAAGUUUUCCCUCACGAGAACUCGUACCAUCACCACCAGUGUCCCAAGGGAACCAAAUCACCGCUGGUCCUCUUUUGUUCAGAGUCAAUGCCGCAUGCGUGUAACAUAUGCAAAUCCUUUUUCACCUCUGAGAAAACGUUGUUAAACCACGUCACCAGAGUUCACACGUCGGUGGUCAGCACCAAGGUGUGCAUCCUUACCAAUCCAUCAGCGCUGGUUGAUAUAAAAGCAGCCCAGUCAGCCACCAGUAGUCCAAAUGUGAUCAACCAGGUCAUGAAUGGAAAGCGCCGUGUUGGGCAAACAUAUGCAGGGUCUCUGUCCACUGUUGUGCAAUCUAGACCUUCCCCUGUCUCGACCUCCUCCCACGCAGAUAGACUGCAUGCCACUGUAUGCAUGGCGUCCCAUGCUGCACCUGUUAGAUCGGGGAAAGACGCUGCCCAAGGUCCACAGAACCAGUCUUUAAGCCGUCCGCCUACACCUUUACGUGUCCUUCCUGGUGCCACUGAUACAACUCCAGCCUCCGACCCCGUCACCCCACCGAUGCCCACGAUUAUGGCCUUGUUUGAGAACGACAGCCAGGACGUGGCUUUGGUUAAACGUAUGAACACAGGCUGGCGUUCCAAGACCCCGUACCCCUGCAGGCAGUGUGGUGCCAUCCUACGGCAGCCCUCCUUCAUCAUCAGCCACCGCUACCUCCACAGAGGCCACCGCUCACACAAGUGCCAGUGCGGCCGGGCUUUUAAGCACCGGCUGCACCUGCUGCGACAUUGCGUUCAGCAUGCAGAGACCGUGAGCUACAUCUGUGUCAGCUGCGGGGAGACUUUCACCGGAGCCAAACUCUUUGCUGAGCACAUGAAGGGCAAGCUUCGGAAAAAGUCCUUUUCUGGACGUACAUGGAAACGUAAAGUUAAGAGGAAGUGCAGAAUGCCUUUUACGUGCGACUGUGGACAACUUUUUUUAAGGCCUUCGGCUUAUAUAUGGCACCAACUUAAAUACAGGACCAAUACUAAACACGUGAAGAAGCCCUCGGAAUGACAGACACAUCCCUGGUUUCUACUCCACUUUUAUGUACUUUUCUUUAGAUAUGUGCACCACAUUCGAAAACAAAGGGUUAAAUCAACAUUACGAUUGUCGUUACAGUAUUUUGUUUAAUUUUGAACGACAACAUUGAAAGCAAAAUCACAUUCAGACAUUCAAAUACAUUCAUCCUUAAUGGAUUAUAAUUAUAAGCAUGUCCUGGAUGCUUGUUAACAUGUUUUCACCUCGUGCAAAUGACACAUGAUACAGAUAAACAACGUUUGAACAAGUUACUCCUAAAGUCAUUUGACAACACACAUUAACCCACAUGGAACUAUUUCCAGUAUUGGAUUAGAUUAAAACAUCAAAACUCCAGUUUAUCCUCCAGAGAACGAGUUAGUCCAGUUUAGCCAUUAUUUAUUCUUCUCACAAAGUGCAUUCUUAAGAGUGAGGUUUGUAUUGGAGUUUCUGAGUCCUUUUGUUUUUACUGCAGCUGAUUCAAAUGUUAUGCUCCUGUGAGACAUUAUAGAGGUCUUAGUAUUAAGGUUGAAAAUAGCAUGUCUUUUUUUUUUUGCAGUUAUAUAAUCUCCAUGAUUUCAAAGUUAACAUUCCUCAAUAUUAUGUAUUUUUUACUAUAUUCAUGUCCACUAGAUGGAGCUGUUGGGUUGCUUUUAAAGACAACUCACACCCAAGUUGUAUUGUUCUCAGAGCAGGUGUAAACUGCAAGAUGCUAUUUCUGCAUCAGAUGAUUACAACCAUGAGCGUCAACAUCAAUCCAUGCGUUUCUGUUCUCUCCUAUAAGCCCAAGGAUUUACAGUUUGAAAUAAAGGUUUCUUCCCACGAUACUUGGAUUGAAGUUGAGUUUCUUCUCUUGUUUGAGCAUCAACACACAUCAUUGCAUUCACAAUUCUAUGGAUGGGUAAGAGGGAAGCAGAACAAUGAGGAAUUGUCAGAGAUUGCAUUAUAUUCAAUAAGCCUGUUUGCGAACAAUCAUGAACUUAGUAACCAUUAAACUGUCCGCUAAUGAAAAAGAGGAUGAGAGGUUGUUUUUUUUUAUGAGACUGUUUAGUUUAACGCUGUAAAUAACUGCAAGAAAUAUCAAAUAAAAUUAACAUCUAAGAAUAUGUGUCUUAUUCCACAGGAAUAAAGCAGUGAUAGAGUCCAUCAAUGAAACCUUACAAACAGGGUUAGGGUUCAAUCUAUACUCUGGAGCCUUUGACAACGUGGAUUACAAGGCUCUCCACAGUCCUUGUUUGAGAUUUCUCAAAAUGUCCUGUGUGAUUCUCACACAAGGAGUGAAAGUCUUAUUUUAUCCGUAUAAUAUUAGAGUCAUUGUGCAGGUCACUGCGCCAGAAGAUGAGAUCUGUAGUAGGUGUGCCAGUCCUUCAAGUGGUUCAGCAUGCUAGGAGUCGAGAGCCUCAUGGAUACUGUCGAUGAAAACACUGAAGACAAUUAUCUGUCUCGGUAACAAAUGUAUGUAGCCGUGUCACCUGCAAAAAAAAAAAAAAUCCACAACAAAAAAACGUGUUAUUCACGAUUCAGCUUGGAUAC